GUCGCAGCGGCCCUGGCUGCCGCGGCGACUAUCUCCCAGCGGGCAGUGCGGCCCGGCUCUCCUGAGGCUGCGAGUGCCACGUCCCAAGUGCUACGCGGAGAAGCGGAGAGGGCGGUGCGCGGGGGGGGCGGGGAGCAGCGCGGAACUCGGCCUGGCCACACUGAUCGCCCGCCGCCAUGGGCUCCUCGCAGAGCGUCGAGAUCCCAGGCGGGGGCACGGAAGGCUACCACGUCCUGCGGGUACAAGAAAAUUCCCCAGGACAUAGAGCUGGACUGGAGCCAUUCUUUGACUUUAUUGUUUCUAUUAAUGGUUCGAGAUUAAAUAAAGACAAUGAUACUCUUAAGGAUCUACUGAAAGCAAAUGUUGAAAAGCCUGUAAAAAUGCUUAUCUACAGUAGUAAAACACUGGAGCUGCGAGAGACCUCAGUCACACCAAGUAACAUGUGGGGUGGCCAGGGCUUGUUGGGAGUGAGCAUUCGUUUCUGCAGCUUUGAUGGGGCAAAUGAAAACGUUUGGCAUGUGUUGGAAGUGGAAUCAAAUUCUCCUGCAGCACUGGCAGGUCUUAGACCUCACAGUGAUUAUAUCAUUGGAGCAGAUAUGGUCAUGAAUGAGUCUGAAGAUCUGUUCAGCCUUAUUGAAACACAUGAAGCAAAACCAUUGAAACUUUAUGUGUAUAAUACAGACACUGAUAACUGUCGAGAAGUGAUUAUUACACCAAAUUCUGCAUGGGGUGGAGAAGGCAGCCUAGGAUGUGGCAUUGGAUACGGUUAUUUGCAUCGAAUACCUACACGCCCAUUUGAAGAAGGAAAGAAAAUUUCUCUUCCAGGACAGAUGACUGGUACACCUAUUACUCCUCUUAAAGAUGGAUUUAUGGAGGUCCAGCUGUCCUCAGUUAAUCCCCCGUCUUUGUCAUCACCAGGAACUACAGAAAUUGAACAGAGUCUGUCUGGACUUUCUAUUAGCUCAACUCCACCAGCUGUCAGUAAUGUUCUCAGUACAGGUGUACCAACAGUACCAUUAUUGCCACCACAAGUAAACCAGUCCCUCACUUCUGUGCCGCCAAUGAACCCAGCUACUACAUUACCAGGUCUGAUGCCUUUACCAGCAGGACUGCCAAACCUCCCUGCCCUCCCCAAUCUCAACCUCCCUGCCCCGCACGUCGUGCCAGGUGUCAGCUUACCAGAGCUCAUGAACCCGGGAGUCACUGGAGGAUUUCCGUGCGGACAAGCUCAUCUGCAUUUGAGGAAGCCUGUCUAGCAGUGGAAGCUGGAGGGGCAGUCAGCCCUGAAAUGAGCGGAAAGGAGGGAGGAGCUUCAGAGCAGACGGAGGAGACUCGGGAGGCUGCUGUCACCUGAAGGCCACUUUGGUAGCUGAAUAGUCUGUGAGGAUAACUUUAUCUUUACACUUUGUGUUCCUGUUUUAUGCUUAGUCCCAUACUAAACACGCUUACCUUAGAACAGCUGGCUUUAGCUCUAUUACUGAAAAUUGAAGAAGAAAGUGAAUUGAAAAAGACUUUCCCCAUUUGUGAGGCAGCAACUAAUGUUCAAGAAUGGCUCGGCCGGGGCCUGUGGGUGACGGCCUCCCCUUUAAUUAUCUGACCACCGAGUAAGGGGGGUCAAAUUGGAACCACUUCUCUGAGAAUAUGGAUUCCUGGGUUCCUGAGUUCUGGAAAGCUUUUCAGGGAAUGAGAGACACUAAACCCAUAUGUCUCCUUCAUUAUACCUGCCCCUCCCCAGGUCCAGUUAGCAGAGGCCCUGCACCGCCUCCUGGGUGAUAAUUGAGACAGGCUGGUCUAUAACUUGAAGUAAUAAGGCAACAGAAAGUCCAUUGUCUACUGACACUUUCACCGCUUAGCAAAGUGCACACGUUAGAGAAGGGAUCCUUUUAUCAAUGAUACUGUUUGUAGUAGAUCUAGGAAGAACAGUUUCUGGUCUUGCUAACCAACGCGUUCCUUUGUCAGCUUCUUACACGUGAGCCAGUUUGAUUAACUACAAGAAUGGGGAAAUAACGCCAGAACCACAGGCCAGCGGAAGGGCAGGUGAAACCACUCCCAGGCUGGCAUCACUCUGGGAGCUGGAGAGGGACAGAGACAGAGAGAAUGCACUGUUCACAGGGAUGCGGCCAGUGGCAGAGGCACCCACAAGCUCCAGGACUGGGGACAGAGUUCGCUGUCUGUCAAAGAGCAGCUGAGGACUGACCAGUGCAGGAAAAGCAGCCUCUCCAGGGAGUUACACGAGCACCGUGCCCUCUGGUCACUCUUCGCCAGUUCAAACAAUGAGAAAGCACACUCCAUCUGCUGGUGGGCGUGGGCUCAGGGACUUUGUUAUUAGAGUUAAGGUUGCACCAUAUUUCCUGGCACUAGAUAGAAACAGGCCUCGGCUCGUGGGGUAAAUACUGAAGGGAGGAGCUGAGCCAGCCCUGUGCAAAGCCCUCUGUAGGACAGUCUACACAGUGAACAAGAGGUAGCUUCCUCCAGACUGGUUCCUUUGAGCCACACUGUAUAUUUUUAAAUGUGAAUUAAUUGCCAACAUUUCAAAAUCAGAAAAUUUCACAUAAAUCCAGAUUUCUGGUUUCUCUUACCCCACACCUGGCAACACUAGUUCCUCAGUCCCACAAGGAAACAAACGCCCCCUUGAGCCUACACCCGCCAGUUUGCCACCUGGCCCACUGGUUUCUGCCAUCUGCCCGGUCCACAGGCGUCUGAAGUUUUAUCCUGGUAGGGAUGAGUAUUAUCCUGGUAGGGAUGAGUGGGAAGCCUGGGCUUCAAAAAGUUGGAGGGUCCAGAGCCUAGGGGAUCCAGGAUCAGAAAACAAGAUAUUUCAUGGACAUUAUUUUGGAUCCAUGAAUCAUGGUGAAAUGGGCGCUAAGGUUGACAAAAUUUGAAGCAGUCCCUUAAACUAUAAACCUGGGGGAGACGUGGGUGUCUGGACAAUGACAGGGACAGUGACAGGAAUUUGGGUCUCCAGCCUCUUCUGGGACCAAAAACCCAUUAGUUAUUUACCUUAACAACCAAAUCUCUUGAAAUAUAUCAUCAGUUCUCUUUUUUAGGGACCAAGGAGUAGGUAAUAAGAGGUCCUGCCUGAAUUCCCGAGGGGCUUUCUUGCCCUGCGCUCUAUGGCCUCGAAUCCUGGUGAGAGGGAAGCCACUUACAAUUGCCCAGCUCUGGCCAGGCUGGCCCAGUUUGAGACUGGAACUAGUAAGUCUGCCUGAGGUUGGGGGGUUGAGGAAAGCAUCGCCGAGGAACACUCGCAUUGGGGUGCCUGGGGUGGGGUUAUGGGAACUUCUCAUAUACUUGUACAUCAACAGAAUUUUUAAAGACGCAUUUGAAUUACUUUUCAGUCAACAAAAACUAUAGGGUUAUUUUCACGUAGGAGAGAAAUGGGAGACUUACAGAGCCAGGACUGCCUAGCCUGGAGGGGAGGUACUGGCCUUCAGCAGCGGCAUUUAAAAGCUCGCCACUAAGAAAUCCCUAGCACUGGCCCUAGAUUAGAAUUAUCAGUGACAUUUGCCUUAAUAGACCUGCACUGUAAUGAUCUGUGAUACUAUGUUGUGUUUGUAAAUCAGUUUGGCCGGAAAUGCCCCUGUGUGGUUCAGAUAGCUCUGCUGAGCACAGAGACAUGAUGGCAAGAGUUCACAUUGUCUCUAGGAAUUGUUCUGGCAUUCAGAUCACCGGAAAUGAUGCCAGCUGUCGGGUAUAUGAAGUAUUCGCAGUUCUAACACUGUUUCAUUUGAGAUCAGCAGCUGAAAAACCUGUGUGCUUUGAGGCGGUGGGGAACAUAAAUGUGAGAGCAAACGCCAUCUGUCUUGUUAGGGAGCUGAAUAAAAGCAAGAAGAAGCAGGUUCCUAUUGCCUGAGUCCGGGGGCUCAGAGCUCAUUGUGAUUUUAAUAAAGAAUUUACCCUCCGUC